AGCGUUUGGAAAAAAGAAAAAGCUAAACAAGCCAAAGUUUUCCUCCGACUGGCGAAAAGAGGAUCCGACAUGGAUGUAAAGGAUUUGUUUUACUGACUUAACCAGAAGGACUGGCGACUUCUUCGUCUGCACGGUAAAAGAAUGAUAACAUAGCAAGCGAUUUGGAUGCAAAGAAGUUUUCAAGAGUUUGUGGGAAACUUUUUUGAGGCUGAAAAAGCAGGCAAGCUGGCUGUCUGGCUAUGGCGCGGGAGAGAGGAGAAGAAGACACCGGCGGAACUAGUAGCAAAAGUGCUCCAAAAGUCAAACAGAGACAAAGGAAAAAGAAAUCCAAAGAGAGCAAAACGAGGACUGUCCACGCAAACAUACUUUACGACAGCGCGAAAGGAGAGGAAAACCCGAAUCGCCACUAUGCAAACAACAAAAUCAAGACGACUAAAUACACCCUGCUUUCAUUCCUACCAAAGAAUCUAUUCGAGCAGUUCCACAGAUUUGCAAAUGUUUACUUUGUCUUCAUCGCACUGCUCAAUUUUGUCCCAGUUGUCAAUGCGUUUCAACCCGAGCUAGCUUUGGCCCCAGUUGUUUUUAUUUUAUCUGUCACGGCUAUCAAAGAUCUAUGGGAAGACUACAGAAGACACCGGUCUGAUAAGGAAAUCAAUCAUAUGGACUGUCUUGUGUACAGCAGGACGGAGAGGCGCUAUGUGGAGAUCUACUGGAAGGAGGUUCGAGUGGGCGACUUCAUUAGACUGAGAUGUAAUGAGAUCCUGCCCGCUGACGUCCUGCUGCUCAGCUCCUCUGACCCAGACCGCCUGUGCCACAUCGAGACGGCCACGCUGGACGGAGAGACCAACUUGAAGCAGAGACAGGUGGUCCGCAGCUUCUACGACCUGGAUUGUGACUUUGACCCUCUGAAGUACAACAGCGUGAUUGAAUGUGAAAAACCCAAUAACGACCUGAGCAGAUUCAGAGGUUACAUAAUCCACCGGAAUGGGAGAAGAGAUGCACUUUACAAAGACAACCUGCUGCUUAGAGGCUGCACCAUCCGAAACACUGAGGAGGCCGUGGGGAUCGUCAUUUACGCAGGUCACGAGACCAAAGCCAUGCUGAACAACAACGGGCCACGGUACAAGCGCAGUAAACUGGAACGACAGAUGAAUGUGGACGUGUUCUGGUGCGUCAUCAUUCUCCUCGUCAUGUGCCUCUUCGCUGCUGUGGGUCACGGGCUCUGGAUGUUUCAGUACCGCGAUAAGAGGCCAGUAUUUGACGUCCUGAGUCCAGAGGGGACUGACUUAUCGCCCAUAAUGUCCGCCAUCUAUCUCUUCCUCACCAUGAUCAUCGUCUUUCAGGUGCUGAUUCCCAUCUCGCUCUUCGUGUCCAUUGAGAUUGUGAAGAUUUGCCAGGUUUAUUUCAUCCACAAUGACCUGGAGCUGUACGACGAGGAGACCGACUCCCAUCUGCAGUGCCGGGCCUUGAACAUCACAGAGGACCUGGGUCAAAUGCAGUACAUCUUCUCUGAUAAAACUGGCACACUUACCGAGAACAAGAUGGUGUUUCGGCGCUGCACUGUGGCUGGGGUAGAAUACUCCCAUGAUGCUAAUGCCCGGAGACUGGCCAUGUACCAGGAGGUAGACUCAGAGGAGGAGGAGUGCAUGUCUCAUGGAGGGACCUUGCCCAGGCGGGACAGUGUGACAAGUCACCAGAGCGCCCGUGUGGUCCUCAGGUCCCAAAGCACAAAGUCACACCGCCGAACAGGCAGCCGAGCAGAGGCCAAGCGCGCCAGCAUCCUGUCCAAGCACACAGCCUUCAGCAGCCCUAUGGAGAAAAACAUCACUCCGGACCCUCAGCUCCUGGACAAAGUGAACGAGUGCAGCAGUCAGAUGGACUUCAUGCGCUUCCACAGCCAGUCCCUGUCCACACUGCCCUCUGACCUCUGUGAUACCAUCGACUUCUUUAUCGCACUCACCAUCUGCAACACUGUGGUGGUGUCCUCCCCCAACCAGCCCCGUCAGAAGGUGAGGAUGCGUUUCGAGCUGAAAUCCCCGGUUAAAACCAUCGAGGACUUCAUCAAACGCUUCACCCCAAGUCGCCUGACCUCCGGUUCCAACAACAGCAGCUCAUCCAGCCUGAACCGCUCCAACCAGCGCGGGAAUUCCAGCCUGGUCUCCUCCCCCUCGGCGGACAGCACCCUCACCAAGCUGGAUGAGGAGAAGAGCCCCCCGGACCUGCAGCAUGCCUUCACCGCCAUUCCCCAAUGUUUUGAUCCCGCCAAGGCCUGGAGACUGGAAGAGGGAGAGCUGAGAUAUGAAGCAGAGAGUCCAGACGAAGCAGCUCUGGUCUACGCUGCCAGGGCCUACAAAUGUUCACUUGUGGGACGCCUGCCCGACCAGGUCACAGUGGAGCUGCCCCAUCUGGGUAAACUGAGCUUCGAGCUGCUGCACACACUGGGGUUUGAUUCAACGAGGAAACGCAUGUCUGUGGUGGUCCGCCACCCACUCACCGACCAGAUCACUGUGUACACCAAAGGAGCCGAUUCUGUCAUCAUGGACCUCAUCAGACCACCCGAUACAGGAAACUCCAAAGGCAAACGUCAGAAAAAGAUCCUCUACAGGACUCAGAACUACCUAAAUCAGUACGCUGCAGAUGGACUGAGGACACUAUGCAUCGCUAAAAAGGUUUUGUCAAAGGAGGAGUAUGCAUGUUGGCUGCAGCGCCACCUUCAGGCAGAGACAGCCAUCCAGGGGCGAGAGGAGCUGCUGUUUGAGUCAGCACUGAGGCUAGAGACCAACCUUCACCUUCUGGGAGCGACGGGGAUUGAGGACCGCCUUCAGGAUGGCGUCCCCGAGACCAUCGCGUCCCUGAGGAAGGCAGGGCUACAGAUAUGGGUGCUCACAGGGGACAAACAGGAGACAGCGGUCAAUAUUGCAUACGCCUGUAAACUGUUGGACCCAGAGGAAGAGCUCCUCACUCUGAAUGCUGACUCCCAGGAGGCAUGCGCUCUGCUGCUGGACGAGAGCCUACAUUACAUCCAGGCCAAAUUCCUCUGCUCCUCCUCAGACCAAGCUGCUAAAGCCUACCUUUCCAACAUGGCGGACGGUGACCUGUACCCCUCACUACCUGUACAUAGACUGGGUUUGGUGAUAGAUGGGCGGACCCUGGCCUACGCUCUGGACCGUAGUCUGGAGGAUAAGUUUCUGGCUGUGGCUCGGAGCUGUCGGUCGGUGCUGUGCUGUAGGUCCACUCCCCUCCAAAAGAGUAUGGUGGUCAAACUGGUGCGCAAUAAGCUCAAGGUCAUGACCCUGGCCAUUGGUGACGGAGCCAAUGACGUGAGCAUGAUCCAAGUGGCGGAUGUGGGAGUGGGCAUUUCAGGACAAGAGGGCAUGCAGGCGGUGAUGGCGAGUGAUUUUGCGCUGCCAAGGUUCAGUUAUCUCCAGAAGUUGCUGUUGGUUCACGGGCACUGGUGCUACUCCAGACUGGCAAACAUGAUCCUCUACUUCUUCUACAAGAAUGCUAUGUUUGUGGCCCUCAUUUUCUGGUAUCAGUUUUACUGCGGGUUCUCGGGGUCGGCUAUGAUCGACCAGUGGUAUCUAAUCUUCUUCAACCUCAUGUUCUCGGCGUUUCCGCAACUCAUCACGGGCACCCUGGACAAAGACGUGUCGGCAGAGACGCUGCAGAGACUCCCUCAGCUCUACAAGAAUGGACAGAACUCAGAGGAAUACAAGCCAUACAUGUUCUGGAUGAAUAUGAUCGACGCCUUCUACCAAAGCCUGGUCUGCUUCUUCAUACCCUAUUUUGCUUAUGCAGACUCAGAAGUAGAUCUGUUUACAUGGGGAACUCCCAUCACGACCAUCGCCCUCUUCACCAUCCUAUUGCACUUGGGCAUUGAGACCAAAACCUGGACCUGGAUGAACUGGUCGUCCAUUUGCUUCAGCAUAGCCUUGUUCUUCACUGUGGCUCUGUGCUAUAACGCCUCCUGUCCCACCUGUUACUCGCCUUCAAACCCGUACUGGACCAUUCAGAGGUUGCUGCUGGACCCCCAGUUCUACUUCCUAUGUGUCAUCACGCCCUGCUCUGCACUACUGCCCCGAUAUUUCUACAGGGCGUGUCAAGGGACUCUGUUUCCGAGCGCAGUGCAACUAGGACGACAAUUGGACAAACUCCCAUCCGAAACCCGCAGGAACAUCCUCAGCCUCAGCGGGGUCGCCACGGGGUCACAGCUCAGCCCACAACCUCACUUCCUGUCCACUAACAAGUCCCUCCCUAAUGACGGUGUGGGCAAAAACACUGUAUCUCAACUCUACCAAAAAGAGGAUGCUGAAAGAGACAAGGAGACAUCCAAAGACAUGUACUCUUUAGUUAACACAGAGGGAGACACUUUACCUUACACCAAAGAUCUUCCAGGAGAACACCUCAACAUCUCAACCAAAAGUUCAGAGGGCGUAGUCGGGAGCCCUGAGGUGUCCCAUGUGCCUUCCUUUACAGACUGUGUGGAGCUGCCCCCGGAGCAUGGGCCUCUCUGUGUCCGAUACAAGAGGAGCCCAGAGCAGGCAUUGCAAAACCGGACAGAGCACAAGAUCCACGUGGCCUUGUGACACGCUAAAGUUUAAAGGGAGAUUUGAGGUUUUAAUGUAGGGUUUUAUGGGUUACUUCCGGAUGGAAAAAAAAAACUUGUACUGUUGGGAGAUUGUAGUCAGCAUUGGCACUGUUGGAACAUAUCCACACCAGAAAUAGGUAUUGCCGGCAUUUUAUAUCAUUGCAUUUCUUGCGAUGCCAUACACAGUUUAAAACAAGGAAGUAAAGAAACAUAUUAGCAAAUAUAUUAGUAAAAAUUUUAAGUAGAGGCUUGAACUCAUCUAUGAGCUUUUUGGAUUCAAAUAGUGGCGCCUUUUUUUUUUUUUUUUCAAUGCAAAUAAUGUGAUUUGUUUGUGCCUUGCAAAGUUUUGUAUUUACACUACCAGACUUACCAGUACACAUGGACUGUGUUAAUCUAUGGCAGUCUAUGUAAUCUAUCCACAAUUCCCUAUAGAACUCUACCUCAAAAAUGCCAAGCAUCCCUUUAAACGCCAACUCUAAUUUGCACAAUAGUUUUAUCUAAUUUUAUUGUAUUUUUCAUUGAGAUUCUUUUAUAAGAAUAGGUACUUUAUAUUUUGGAUUUAAAAAUAUAUUUUGGGGAGAUUGUCAAAGGUUUUACUCUGCUUUCAUCUCAGUAUUUAGUUUAAGCUUUUUGGUACCACAGCCCUGUUUGUGGCCUGGAAUUUUUGUCUUUGAAGUCCAAAGGAAUAAUUGGUUGUCAUGGAUUUUUUUGUGUAUCUCGACCAAUGGCAGCGAACUUUGAUUUGUUUACUUUCAGCUGGAUCUUUUUUAUUGAAGAAAUGUUGAUAGUUUUUUCUAAAAUACAUUCCACUGAAUCAUUGUUUAAGGCUGUAACUAAAUAAUUACAUUUACAAAGAGAUAUCAUCUUUAUACCAGAAAUUAUGCUUCCUCUAUGUGUGUGCAUGUGUUUUUAAAAGUGCUGGUCAGUUUCAGUCUUUGCAAAAAAAAAGCUACUGUUGCAUAUUUAUCCCAGUGUGGCUCACUUGAAGGUUCUCUUGGAAAUGGUUUUCUGCCAGGUGCAAAAAGACAUUUGGCAGAUUUUACAAUAUCACCUGUGGUUCUUGUUGGAACAUGAUAAAUAUACUAGUACUCUUUUACAAGAUUCUUAUUACUGUGUUUCUAGUUUAAUGCAAGCUCAAAAUUAAGCAUUUAUAUCUUUUCAUCGCUCAUGUUAUAACAAAAUGUUUAAUUAUUUUGUUGUGAUAACACUAGGAAUAUAACAAAAACCAAAAUAUCAAGAUAUUGUAUCGUCAAAAAUCUCACAAUAAUAUCGUGGGCUGUCACUAUAUAUCGAAUCACAAGUUCCUUCGCUUAAAUGCAUGGUUUUAUAGUAGCAACAGCUUAUGAUCAUUGGGAACUACAUGUCCAAUGAUUCAUUUCAGUGCAAACAACAUGAAGAAAUAUGUUUUUUACUUGAAUUCCUAGGAUUAUGAUGGAAAUAAUUCACACCAAAAUCUUGUCAGGGUAUUUUCAAAGCAAAAAAGUGUCCUAUUUACAAUUAUAUUAGCCUUUCCAAAAUAUCGCAAAAUAUAUCAUACUGUGAGAUGCCUAUCGUGAUAAUAUUGUAUAGAUUUUGAUAUUGUUACAAUCCUAGAUAACACCUGAGUAGAAAACCUCAGUAGAUAAACUUCCCUCAUUCAAACACCUCAUCAAGCGUCUCCAAAUUCUAAGCUGUUUUCAAACCAGCCAAGAUACAUUUUAUGAUAUACUUUCUUUGAACCUUUAUAUAAGGCAGCAUCCACCAUGCAUAAUGGUGAAAUAGAUGUAUUUCUACUUUGAACAGGAAACAGGAUACAAUAGUAUUAUAAUUUGAUUUAAUUGAUUUUCCUGUGACAUCAUUCUUAGAAGUACUUUUGACUUUUUUUCUACUGGUGUUCAGCUGGAAACCUAUUACAGGCUGUAAAAUGAACAUUUGCACUUUAAAAAGUUUAACACAACAUCACAGAGCUGCUGGUGUAGCGUCAAGUGCUCAGAAAUGCUAACAGUCAUUGUUAGAAUUAAACUGCAAACACAGCUGCACCUUUAAUGUUUAUUGCCGUACAUUUUUACCAAAGAGCAAUUAUGUUCUAAGCAACAGUUUGUGCCUUAACACUGGAAAAGUUAGUUCUGGUUCAGUGCUGUACAGUUUGAUAUUUAUGAGGCUAACGUGCUAGCGCUAAGUGCCUGCUAACUGUUGUUCACACCAGGUGCUUAUCUCUUGUUGUUUAUUUUGUUUUUUAGAUUUUUCUCUGCUUUUAACCCUGCACUUUUGUCUCCUUGCAGCUGCAUUCCUGAAAUUUCUUUCUGACAUUCACAGCACAAGCCCGUUCAUUUUUUGUAUGGAUGUUGUUUCUUAAUGCUAAUAAAGUUGAGUAAUAAAGUUGAGUUAUGUAAAAAUGAGGACCAAAGAUUAUAUAUUUCAGUUUUAGUAAUUUGAAAAUUCUCACAUGUUCGUUGUACUUUGGCUGAACAGAGUAAAAUAAAGUGUUUUUGCU